ACCCACGUCAGUGUCCACACCUCGUCUAACCUUCAACACCUUCAUCGUCGCCUCCAUACAGUGCAUGAUGGUCCGACUGUGUGUGCUGGUAGCCAUCAUGGUUAUCUUGAUGCCCGGGGAAUGGGCAACUGAGGCCCGAUCUCCAUUCUUCCUAGGCUUCCACCCUUCACCCUCACAGCACGUCUACUCCCCCUACCUCCACCACGAGAGGAACAAUAAACGCACGGUACAGACUAACGUCCAGCAGGAGCCUGAGGAGGUCGUGUGGACGGCUCAGUGUGCCCCCAGAGUGGCCGGGCUCAGGAGGCGUCAGGAUGCUGUUCUGCGGUGUGACGUUGUGGCUCCCUCAGGCACCCACUUCGUCUGGUACAAGAACCUCAACAUCCUGCAUCGUCAGGGCGCUCCUCAGCAGGAACUGAUUCACUCCCAGACGCAGCAAGAGACACUCGAGGAGCAGACCAAUAUGGUGGAGCAAGAAGAUUCGGAUCUGGUAUAUGACGCCUCCUCUACUUCCACCUCCACCUCCUCCUCCCUCCUCCACUACUCCUCUAACGUGUACAUCGACUGUGCUGAUGAACACGAUGCCGCCGAGUACAGCCUCGUGGUGACCACCCCAUCCAACAACGUGCAUUACCGCAACUUCUCCAUCUUUCUCGCAGAGAGAAGUCAGGAUGGUCCAAACUGCUUGGCGGCAUCCCAGAUGUCGUUUCGCCCUCGCAUUUACCAGCACUCCCUCAUGGCUCUGGCAGAACUGGGUUCCUCCCUCAUCCUCCCCUGCCGUGCCCAGGGCCUCCACACCGCCCACGCCUGGCAACUCAACAACACCCUCCUCACCUGGGACCACUCUAACUACAUGAUGCUUGCCAACGGGGACCUGUUGAUCCAUCAAGUGGAGCAGGGGAGCCUCGGCAGGUACACCUGUCGGGUCACUAGUACCAGGAUCGAAAAUGUUGAUGACCUCAUUUUCACUACCGUCUACCCUCGGGCGUUGACGCUGUAGGCCUCUUCCUGCUUGCCCGCCACCAUCUCGACCACCACACUGGACCCUCCACCCUCGUCAUCUCUCUGAUAUACUUAUUUAUUCCAUAUGAUAUAAUACUAUAGUAUAUAAUUACUCUACGAUAAUAUAAAUGGAAAAUUC